AUGGUGGCAAAGAAAGAUAAAAAAGGGAAAAAAGAAGAACCCGAGCCAGAACCGGAAAUCCCAGAUGAACAGCUGCUGGGGGCAACGGAUCUGGAACCGGAACCAGAAGAGAUACAAUGGACUGACACUUCCUACACCAGCGCUUCGUUCGAGUCCCUACCACCAGCUCCAAUCGAGGAAGUUAAAAAGAAGCCUAAGAAGAAGAAGAAGGCGGCUGAAGAGGAAGUUGUCAAAGAGGAAGAGGUCGCUUUCCAAUGGUCUGAAGAGAGUCUUCCCGUGGAGGAAGAAGAGACUGAAAAAAAAGUCGUGGAGGAACAGGAAGUAGAAACGAAGAAGGGGAAGAAGGGGAAAAAGGGGAAGAAACCGAAAGAGGAAAUACCCGAGUUUGAGAAGCCCAAAGAGUGGAAGAAAAUGAACAAGAAGCAAAGAGAAGAGUGGCUCGUGAACAGAAUAGAAGAAUGGCGCGCCGAGAAAGAAGCAGAGAAGCAAGCCAUCCUGGCGGGUGCGAAAGAGAAGAGACUAACCCUGGCGAGAGAGAGGGCAGAGCUGUUAGCCAAAGAUAAUAAGGAACAAGAGAUAAGGAGAGAUAUAUUGCAGAAGACUUGUUCACUGUUUUCUAAAUUUGAAAGGGAGAAAAUCGAAUAUGUCAACAAUCAGCAGCGAAUGGCUGAGUGGCAACAAUACCUUCGUUGCGAUGGCCUGCCAGAUCCCCGUGUACCCACACAGAUGAACACAUACCUGCACGUCUGGGAGAAAACUAACGCUUGCGAUGCGGAUGAGCUGGAUCGACGGUGCGUUGAGGCGUUACCGAUGAUGCUAAUGCUCGAAGAAAUGGUGGCAAACCCGAAGCAGUUUACACCGUUGCAACUACAAAGCUACAAUGAAGUCCGUUUACAACUGCGCGAGCAACUCUCAGAGACCAUCCAGUGCGCGUCCUACAUGAUCCUGCGCAACUUAGAAAAGAACCUAAAGUUCGAGUCCAUAAAGCUGGCCACUUAUAACCGGGAGUUCAAGGGUCUGAAGCUGAACAUAUGGGUCGCUGUGCGCAUGCCCACUAGGAAGAAGAAACCUGUGGAACCGGAACCAGUACCAGUGGAGCUAGAGUUCCCAGCUCUUAACGUUGGUCUGAAACUGCCAAAGACCAUAGACGGUAGCUGCGUUUGUGUGCGAGCUGCCAAGUCCGAGGUGGAUUUACUGAGCGAGUCAUCCAGGUCUUAUGCAUUGGCUGCAGAAGUAGCUAACAGAUACACAGACCUUUUCGUAUUCAUGGUGAAGGAACAUCUAGAAAUGCUGAGAAUCAAAGCAGAGCAGGAUGCCGUAAGAAGCGCUUUCUAUAAGGAGAUCAACGCCAAAAUCAGAGAACUGGAGAAUUUCUUGAAGGCCAACCAAUACACGAAGAACGAGAAAGAGAAAGAAGACUUGGACAAUCUAAACAUGUCGGAACCCCCCUUCAUGCAAGACCCCAGAACGUUGAUCGGGGAAAAUAACGAGGCGGCGUUUCAAAAAUAUCUAAAGAAAUGUAAUACAAGAACGAGAGCGGGCGAGGUUCAUCUUAGGAAAUACAGGAUUUGCGGGGGCACGCUCAACUUGGACCUUCUGAUCGUACCGCCACAGCCGAAGCGACUCAGAAAUAACGUGUAUCUCUCCACAUUGCUAAUACCGAAACGCCUACAACCAAUGCCGUACCAGGUUCAAUUCCGGGCCCCGGGACCCCCGCCGCCCGGGGUUACCCGGACCCCGGAGGAGAUUGAAGCGGAGAUGAAAAAAGUCGAAGCGGAGUAUGAGAAACUAGCACAAGUGUUCAUACAAUUGCCCCAAGACAUGAUGUGGUCAGAGCCGCCCGUCAUCUGCCAAUGGCAGGAGAACAGGAAACUCUGGACAACGAACUACAUUAAUGACUAUAAGUUCAACGAGGAUAAACUCACUGUCCAGUUCCGGACUGGAGUGUUAUGGCCGAUCGGGAUAGCCACGCUACGAUACAGUAACAUGCCGUACCAGGGAUGGGACAUGAGACCUGAUCCUAACGGGAAAGGCGUACUGCUGACCGUGACAGGCGCCUGCGUGACCGUCACCUGGAUCUGCGUCGGGAACGCCGUGAAGCUGAAGUGGAUCGCCAACGCGACCACUCGCGCGCUCAAGGAGCAUUUUGGGAAGAAAUUCUCGGUCAAAGGGAUGGUUCAGGUGAUGCGCGCCGCGGCCUGUGACUUUUUCCCGGAUUUCGACGGACACAACCACUUAGAAGGCACAUGUCCGAAAGAGUGGGUGAUUGAGAGGCACGUUUACCACGCCAUGGCUAUGCUGUCCAGGGCUUACAACUUUCAGUGGAGCAGAUGGAACGUCGGCGCUGGCAGUAGAAACAUAGUCAUGCAACUGAGAGAGGCCGUUGACAAGAAACGAGAGGCAAAAUUCAACCUCCUGUACACGAACCCCAAGCAGGCGACCAUUUUGAAAUGCAACGAGCUAAGCAAUGAGUUGACUCUGGAGCCCAUGGUUGGACUUGGGUAUUACCCGGACCUGUUCACUUUAAACAUGUCGUACGGCUCGGCGGACGCGCGCCGAGCGACCUUCAACGUAAAGUUCAACCUGGUGGAAACCGUCUUCGAAAUGCUGCAGGAACUGAAACUGUCUAGUUAUUCGUGAAGAUAAUAUUUAAAUAUAGAAAAACCAACUAACCUAACCACAAAAUUUAAAUUUUGAAAAAACCCCCGACCGCGACAUAGUGGGCCGAUUUUCAUGAAACAUGCCUAAGAACAUUCCCGACUAAGUACGUUUUCACAUUAGCCGAUCCGAUAUCGGAAGUAUGACCGAUAUUCUAUAUGUAUAUUAGAGGCGCCAUCUUGGAUUUUUUCCAUUGAAAUCCUUCCGACAUCCGAUAUUGGAUCGGAUAAUGUGGACACGGACUAACUCAGCUUUCAAAGAAAAAAAAAACUAAAUCGAAAUUGGUACAUCCGUUCGGGAGCUACGAUGCCACAGACAGACAGUCGUUUUUUGCGUCGGGGGUUAAAAAUAAUAGUUAAAUAUAGCAAAACACAGUUUACAUUUAAAAUUAUACGCCUGUCAAACAACUACCUAUACUCCAUUUCAAAUACAAAGGCCUUUCCUAACAUAAGGCGUUGGAAUUAUCAAAAUGUAUAUCAAAGUUCAUUAUUGUAUGACAGAAACAGACGACGGGAUACUGAACCUAAUAAAAUUACCUUCUAAGCAUAGAAUUUUGUUUUAUUCUAGAAAUCUUACCUUGAGCACCUCGGACA